AUGACAGCUGCUGUAAAGGUUUUCUUCAUGUGCUGUCUGCUUCAAGGUAGCUUGUGCGAGCACUGGGACGCCGUCAUGCCGCAGACAGUGGAAGGACUGAGUGGAUCCUGCGUGAUCAUCCCCUGCAGUUUCACUUUGCCCUCAGAAUGGGAUCAGUACCUGGAUGAAUCGUGUAAAGCCAUAUGGAGGAGAGGCAGCUGGAGCCGAACGCAGGUGUUCGAUUCCAGCCUCACAGGAGACAGCGCAAGCUUAAACAUUCUGCAGGGAAAUCUUAUUGGGAUCCUGCGUGACAAAGACUGCACCACUAUCUUCAACAACCUGCCUUCCAACCAUUAUGACAACUACUACUUCAGGCUGCAGUGUGACAACGCGCUGAAGUUCAACUUUCAAACAAGUGUCCUCAUCACCGCUCAAGAUUCACUGCCUAGACCUGCUGUAAGUCCAUCCAGGCUGGAGGUAGAAGAAGGGACUCCGGUGACGUUGAGCUGCUCCACUGCUGCUCCUUGUCCAGUUCUUCCUCCGGUUCUGACGUGGACACCCAGUGUAGGUGACACUGUCGAGGAUAUGGACGCUAAAACUGCCUCCUCGGUUAUGAACUUCACUGCUUCUUACCUGCACAAUGGACAGAAGUUCUCCUGCACCACUCUCUACAACAGACAGGCUGGCAACAGCGACCUUCUGUAUGAAAGAAGUUCAACUCUACGUGUCCUUUAUCCGCCACAUAACACAUCUAUCAGUUACUCUGGUCCUGUAAAGGAGGGCAGUUCGGUGAUUCUGACCUGCAACUCGAAUGCAAAUCCAGCCGUGGACAGUUACGUCUGGUACAAAGUGGAUGGGGAGCAGGCGACAGCAGUUGGAUCUAAGAAGAGACUCACAACCACAGUCUCUGAAGUCGAAAGCCACUUUUACUGCAAAGUCAGUAACAAAUAUGGAGCCCAGAACUCCUCCAUCACUCAGAUAGACGUCCAGUUCUCUCCCAAGGAUACAGCCGUAACCGUCGACUCCCCUGGACCAGUCCUGGAGGGCAGCUCAGUUUCUCUGCUCUGUAAAAGCCGAUCCAACCCUCCAGUGACCAACUACACCUGGUACAGAGAUGAUGAAGUGGAUGAGGAGUCUGGACCGAUCUUAGUCAUUGGCGGGGUCGACCCCAGCCACAGUGGUAACUACCACUGUGCAGCAAAAAAUGACCUGGGAGAAGAAACGUCGGCAACGAUUCAACUGGACAUUCAAUAUCCCCCUAAGAACACCUCAGUGUCGGCAGACCCGUCUGGUCCGGUGCAGGACGGCAGCCCUGUGACUCUGACCUGCACAUGCAUCGCCAACCCAGCAGCAGUUAACUUCACCUGGUUCAGAGUAGUUGGAAGAGGGAAGGAGGUGGUCGCCUCUGAGCAAGAUUUCACCUUCAACGUGACCAAACUCUCGGAGGAUCAAUAUUACUGUGAGGCUCUGAACGUCCACGGAGCUGAAUCCUCUGAGCCAACCAGCAUUGAUGUCACAUUUGCUCCAGAGAUCCUGCCUUCUUCUCGCUGCGUCAAGAUUUUAUCCCUGUUUCGAUGUUCCUGCGACAGCCAGGGGAACCCGCUUCCCUCCUUGAGUUGGGAACUGGCGGGGGAACGUGUCAAUCACUCUGCUGACAUCCCGAUCCGGGAGGUGACCCUGGGGAGCAUGACCCUGAGGAGCCUCAUCACCCUGUACCGUGUGGAGGAAGACAUGCCCCCCCUAGUGUGCCUCAGCGUCAACUCACUGGGCGAUGAUAGUUUGGCUUUCAAUGUGUCCUCCAGUGAAACUCAGCUAGGCCUCCAUACUGUGUCUCUGCUGAUCGGCUCUGCAGUGGGAGCACUGGGAAUGCUGGUGGUGUGUGUCCCGCUGCUAGUUUUUUUUUGCAGGAAAAGGAAAGGCAACCUUUCACUUGACGCAGGAUUGGUGGACACUUCAGAACUUUUAGUCACCAAUGAGACCAACUCCUCACAGGUGGAUGUGAUUUAUGCCAAUAAAGUAAUUCUGGAGGAGGAAAAGGGAACGGCUAAAGAAGAUCCUCUUCACUACGCCGAUGUGGACUUUGCUAAAACCGAACUCGGAUCAGAGGCUAAGCUUGUGGAAGGUGAGGUCAGAGGCCAGACUGCGAAGACAGCUGAGUACGCUGAGAUCCGCCUUCACAGCAAAGAAAGUAACGGAGGAGAUGCAAAGGUGGAAGAAACACUAGCAGACACUCAUUUGGGACAAGAUAUCAGUGGUGUUACGGGACAGGUCAGUGAAAAGGUGAUUGCUUAA